AUGGAUGAGAAGCUGGGGGUGUCUACUGGUUCAGAUGCCGAUACUCUUGGUUCAAGCUACGAACAGAAUCGAGAGCGGAUCCGGCACAACAAUCCCCAGGGUGCUGUCUCCCACGACUCGGGCGUCAAUGUCGAGAAGGCCGAGCACGAGUUUGCCGAGCUGAACAGGGAGCUUUCUAGCAUCUCCUACCAGGCCCAGAGACUGUCCAAACAUGCUUCCAGGGUCUCGAAGAAUGAUGUCCACAACAGUGAUGUGGAGCGAACAGGCAGCUCAACCGACUCCGUUGAGUCCUGGGACCUCGAAACUGCCCUCCGAGGAAACCAAGCAGCUGAACUAGAGGCUGGUAUUAAAGGGAAACACAUUGGUGUUAUCUGGGAGAAUCUCACUGUUCGUGGAAUCGGCAGCUCCAAAAGCUUCAUCAAGACCUUCCCUGACGCUAUUGUUGAUUUCUUGAACGUCCCUAAGCGGAUCAUGAGCUGGACCGGUCACAACAAUAAAGGCAAAGAGUUCGAUAUCCUCACGGACUUCCGUGGCGUUUUACGAGCCGGAGAGAUGGUACUUGUUCUUGGACGCCCUGGAUCUGGCUGUACCACAUUUCUCAAGUCGAUCACGAAUCAACGGUUUGGUUAUACUGCGGUAGACGGGGAGGUUCUAUAUGGUCCUUUCGACCACAAGACUUUUUCGAAAAGGUUUCGCGGCGAGGCUGUGUAUAAUCAAGAGGACGAUGUCCACCAGCCAACCCUGACCGUCAAACAGACGCUCGGGUUUGCGUUAGAUACAAAGACACCUGGAAAACGGCCACUUGGUGUGUCUAAGGUUGAAUUCAAAGACAAAGUGAUCCGCAUGUUGUUGAAGAUGUUCAAUAUCGAGCACACUGCCAAUACCGUCGUAGGAAACCAGUUCGUUCGAGGCGUGUCUGGAGGGGAGAAACGUCGAGUCAGUAUUGCAGAAAUGAUGAUUACUUCGGCCACGGUCCUGGCAUGGGACAAUUCCACACGCGGUCUUGAUGCCUCUACUGCUCUGGAUUUCGCCAAAUCGCUACGGAUUAUGACCAACAUCUACAAGACCACGACUUUUGUUUCACUGUAUCAAGCGUCAGAGAGCAUCUACAGGCAAUUUGACAAAGUCCUGGUUAUUGACAGUGGUAAACAAGUUUUCUUCGGCCCUGCCACCGAGGCACGAGCGUACUUUGAGAAUCUUGGGUUCAAGGAAAAGCCUCGCCAGACCACCCCCGAUUACCUCACAUCGUGUACCGACCCGUUCGAGCGAGAGUACAAGGAAGGCCGCGACGAGACUAAUGUUCCUUCUUCGCCCGAUGCUCUCACUGCAGCCUUCAAUGAGUCCGUUUACAGUCAAAAACUUGUUACGGAAAUGGACAGCUACCGGCAGCAGAUACAGGACGAGAAGCAAAUCUACAAUGACUUUGAAAUUGCCAACCAAGAAGCAAAGCGCAAAUUCACUUCGAAGUCGUCAGUCUACCUCAUUCCAUAUUACCUUCAGGUUUGGGCCUUGAUGCGACGCCAGUUCCUGAUCAAAUGGCAAGACAAGUUUGCUCUGAACGUCUCUUGGAUUACCUCUACUGGCGUUGCCAUUAUCCUGGGAACUGUCUGGCUUAACCUACCCAAGACUAGUGCUGGUGCAUUUACUAGAGGUGGUCUUCUUUUCACCAGUUUCCUCUUUAAUGGCUUCCAGGCGUUUUCUGAGCUUGCUUCGACCAUGAUGGGACGCCCUCUGGUGAAUAAACAUCGCCAAUUUGCCUUUUACCGACCUAGCGCACUAUUUAUCGCCCAGAUAUUUGUCGAUGCGACAUUCGCAAUUGCCAGGAUUCUCGUUUUUAGUGUCAUAGUAUACUUCAUGUGUGGCCUUGUUCGCGAUGCAGGUGCCUUCUUCACUUUUGUGCUGCUGAUAUUUACUGGCUAUAUCAACAUGACCGUCAUCUUCAGAACUAUCGGCUGCUUAUCACCUGGAUUUGAUCAUGCAAUGAACUUUGUCUCCGUUCUUAUAACUUUGUUUAUCUUGACGUCUGGUUAUCUUGUGCAGUGGCCAAGCGGCCAAGUUUGGCUCCGAUGGUUCUACUAUAUCAACCCUUUUGGAUUGGGAUUCGCCAGUUUGAUGGUCAACGAAUUCAAAAGCCUUAAUAUGACUUGCACUAGCGAAUCUUUGAUCCCCAACGGUGAGGGAUACACGAAUAUGAGCCACCAGGUCUGCACUCUUGCAGGUGGUGAGGCAGGCUCACCCAUCAUUCCUGGGGAAAAUUAUGCGGCAGUCACGUUCAAUUACAGAAGAGAAGAUCUCUGGCGGAACUUUGGCAUCAUGGUAGCUCUCAUUGUGGCAUUUUUGGCAAUGAAUUUGUAUUUCGGCGAGGCGGUUCGUUUCAACGCUGGCGGCAAGACGGUCACCUUUUACCAGAAAGAGAACGGCGAGCGAAGGAAACUGAACGAAACGCUGAAGGGCCAGCGCUAUACCCGGCAAUCAAAAGAACUAAGCGGUCCUGGAGCCGAUGUCUCCGUCGCUUCGAAGGCCGUCUUGACAUGGGAGGAUGUCUGUUACGAUGUACCCGUGGCGUCUGGCACUCGUCGACUGCUACAUAAUAUCUAUGGCUACGUUCAGCCUGGCAAACUAACAGCCUUGAUGGGGGCGUCUGGAGCAGGCAAGACGACCCUUCUUGACGUCCUCGCAGCGAGAAAGAACAUUGGCGUUAUUGGCGGCGAUAUUCUGGUAGAUGGUGCUAAGCCUGGUACUUCUUUCCAGCGAGGUACCUCUUAUGCGGAGCAAAUGGAUGUGCAUGAACCAAUGCAGACAGUUCGCGAGGCCCUGCGCUUUUCUGCCGACCUCCGUCAACCAUACGAUGUCCCACAGACCGAGAAAUAUGCGUAUGUGGAAGAGAUAAUCUCGCUGCUGGAGCUGGAAAACCUCGCAGAUGCUGUCAUCGGUACACCAGAGACUGGCCUGUCUGUUGAGGAGAGGAAGCGUGUUACGAUUGGUGUCGAGUUGGCUGCGAAACCGGAAAUGCUGCUAUUCCUGGACGAGCCUACUUCGGGGCUCGACAGCCAGUCUGCCUUCAAUAUUGUUCGAUUCCUGCGCAAGCUUGCUGCGGCUGGACAGGCUAUUCUAUGCACGAUCCACCAGCCUAACUCGGCCCUCUUCGAGAACUUUGACCGUCUCUUGUUGUUGAAGAGUGGAGGCGAGUGCGUGUAUUUUGGUGAUAUCGGCCAGGACUCAAGUAUCCUGCUUUCCUAUUUCCGCCGUAACGGCGCAGAUUGUCCGGCCGACGCGAACCCUGCCGAGUGGAUGCUUGAUGCAAUUGGUGCAGGUCAAAGCCGCCAUAUUGGAAAUCGCGACUGGGUUGAAUUUUGGAGAGAGUCCCCUGAACGCGAGCAGGCCAAGCGUGAGAUUAUUGAGAUAAAGUCCCGACGUGUUGAAGAGGCUAGACAGACCCAAGCGACGUACUCGGCUGACAAGGAGUACGCAACGCCGCUCUGGCAUCAAAUCAAGACCGUUUGCAAGCGGACCAACAUCGUGUUUUGGCGCUCUCACAAGUACGGCUUUACGAGACUUUUUACCCACUUCAGUAUCUCUCUGAUCACUGGUCUUGCAUACCUGCAACUCGACGAUUCUCGAGCUUCGCUUCAGUACCGUAUUUUUGUUCUGUUCAACGUUACAGUUAUUCCCAUCAUCAUUAUCCAGAUGGUCGAGCCGCGGUACGAGAUGUCGCGAUUAGUUUUCUAUCGUGAAGCUGCGUCAAAGACAUACAAGGAUUUCGCCUUUGCGGUGUCCAUGGUCAUAGCUGAGAUCCCGUAUUGCAUGAUCUGUGCAGUUAUCUUCUUCGUUUUCCUCUUCUACAUCCCCGGAUUCCAGAGUGCGAGUGAUCGAGCAGGCUACCAAUUCCUCAUGGUCGUGAUUACCCAGUUGUUUGCCGUCACACUAGGUCAAAUGGUCCAAGCCCUAACCCCAAAUAGCAUGAUCGCGUCGCAGUUUAACCCCCCGCUUAUGAUCUUGUUCAGUUUGUUCUGCGGUGUCAUGAUACCCAAGCCACAGAUGCCUGGGUUCUGGCGAGCGUGGUUCUAUGAGCUGGAUCCAUUCACGCGCAUCAUCAGCGGAAUGGUCACGACGGAGCUGCACGGGCGGUCUGUUGCCUGUACUCCCGGUGAAUUCAAUCGUUUCCAAGCGCCCGUGGAUCAAACCUGCGGCGAGUAUAUGCAGGCAUUCUUUGACAGAGGUGGGAUAGGAUACCUGGCCAACAACGCGACCCAGGACUGUGAGUACUGCGCGUAUCGGAUCGGGGAUGAAUACUAUCAAGCGUUUGAGAUGAGCUUCGACAACAGAUGGAGGGAUCUGGGCAUCUAUGCAGCCUUUGUGGGAUCGAAUCUGAUUAUUUUAUUCCUGGCUGCGCGUUACCUGAACUUCAAUCGGCGAUAA